AGCUGGUGCUGGCUCGCGUCGAUAAGCUGUGCUGGGCGCUGACGCUGCCGUCGGCGCGUCGCUCCGUCCUGCCCGUGGUGUCGCUGAUGCUGCUGGGGUUCCCGCACUCGCCGGCUGCCUUCCACAAGGUGCUGCACCGGCUGCCGGGUCUGCUGGAGCAGCUGCGGCGGGAGGGCGGCUCGGACGGAGCCGACUAUGGGCAGCUGGCCGACCUGGCCCAGACACUGAUCCGGCUCCACCCUGGCCACCCAGGGCGGUACGACGCCCUGCUCAAGGCGCUGCAGGAGCGGGCGCCGCCGACGCCGUCGGUGAUGGCCAGCCUGCUGCUCUCGUCGGCCUGGUGUGAUCCGGCGGCGCGGCCGGAGCCAUGCCCCGAGCACGAGCCGGCGCCACGGCCGGCCGCCGAGCGGCGCGGCCUCGUCAACCUCGGCAACACGUGCUUCAUGAACGCCGUGCUGCAGGCGCUCUUCCACUCGGACGAGCUGUGCCGCGAGGUGCUGUCGGCCGGGCCGGACCCGCGGCGCCGCCACCUGGCCGCCCUGCAGCGCGCGUUCGCCUUCCUCGCGUUCUCCGAGCGGGCCGCCUACAGCCCAGCGGCGUUCCAGCGGGCUGCGCUGCCGCCCUGGUUCGAGGUCGGCCGCCAGCACGACUGCUCCGAGUUUGUCAGGUACCUACUGGACGCCAUGCACGAGGAGGAGAGGUCGGCCUCCACGUCGGCCGGCCCUGCCGCCGCGCCCGUCCGGCCGGCCGUCCGCUGCCAGGACGACAUGGGCCUGGAGCGGCCCGCGACGGCCGCCCGCCAGCGGCGACGACACCGCUCCUGCGGCAGCGGCAGCGGCGCCGGUGUCACACCGCUCUCCGAGACGGCCGGCCUGGGAGGGGCGGCCCGAAGCCUGUCACCUGCCGCCCGGCCCGGUCAGGACGCGGCCAUGGCCGCCAGCGACACCGCACUGGCGAGUGGCGAUGCUUCGCAGGCUCCUGGCGAUGCGCCCUCGUCCAGCUGUGAGGUCACGCAGUCUGUCGGAGCCAGCCAAGACAUGGCAGCGUCCACCGGCGGCGCCGCUCCGUCCGCCAUUGGGGCAUCUCAGUCAGUCGGGGUCAGUCAAGACGUGCCCAUGUCUGUGGAUGGCGCCUCUCCACCCGCCGUGGCUGGCCCGGAGCUGCGCCUCGGUGAUGGGCAGGCGACCAAUGCUAGCCACUGCGAGAAACCGGCCGCCGUCGGCGAGUGCGCUGGUGCCGGUGGCGGCCCGGAGCCGGGUGUGGGUCUGGUGCGCCGUUUGCUGGGGGGCCGCGCCGAGACCAGCUACACGUGCCGCACGUGCGGCAAGGCCUCGCGCCACCUGGACCGCAUGACGGACCUGCACCUGGCGCUGCCCGACGUGCUGACGCAACCCAGGGCGACCGAGUCGCCGGCCGAAUCAGCGUCACGGGCAGAGGCGGAGACACCGGGGGUGGACCCACCGUCAAAGCUGCAGUCGGAAGUGCAAUCGGAGGUGCAGUCGCCGCCGGCCGAACCGAAGCCGCCGCCAAAGGCGGAACCGGAGCUGGAGCCGGAGCUGAAGCCGCAGCCGCAUCCGAACCCGGAGCCGGAGCCGCAGUCGCGGCCGAGGAGUGAUCGAGAGCUUAGUCCGCAGCAGUCGUCCGGAACGACCGUGCAAGUAUCGGACCUGCUGCACCAUUACCUGCUGCCGGAGCGGCUGUGCGGCGACAACCAGUACCACUGCGGCGCGUGCGGGGCACUACGCGACGCCGACCGCCAGCUGCGGCUGCUGCAGCCGCCGCACUACCUCGUCAUCUCGCUGGUGCGGUUCGUGUUCGACCGGCGCACGGGCGCGCGCCGCAAGCUGCUGGCGCCGGUGGGGCUGACGGAGCGGCUGGCGGUGCCGGUGAGCGGUCGGCCGGCGGCGCUCUACCAGCUGUACGCCGUCAUCGUGCACUCGGGCCGCUCGCUCGACGCCGGCCACUACUUCUGCUACGCGCGCCGCUCGGACGGUCCGGCCGGCGGCUGGCACCGGCUCGACGACGACCUCGUGGCGCCGAGCGACCGUUCGCUGGCCAGUGCUGUGCGAGCGCUCAGUACCAAAGCUCCGUGA